UAAAGACAAACACGGGUAGUGAGCCGGGUCUGUGGCAGAAUCUCACCUGGUGGGGCUGUACCUGCGCUUCCCGCGUGCUGUUAACAUACGACUUGAGACACACGAACCCGUCCCCCGGUGGGCCUCUGUCCCUUUAAGGCGGCGCGGAAGUGAACCGACGCACCAACGGAAGGUCGGAGCUUUAUCUGCGGCGGAGUCACUCUGCUUUAACGGAGCAGCGGAACCGGACCUUCACUGACAGCGCUUCGCGGUAACCGACGUCAGUGACGUAACGGCGGAUAGUCCAAUUCCCGGGUCGUUGCGUUUUGACCUGACGUCACCGAUGUCCGGGUCCAAGUGCGCGCGGCUGAGCGGCGCGCUCGUGGGAGAGGUGCUGGACUCGGUGGACAGCGUCCUGUUCGACUGCGACGGGGUGAUCUGGCGCGGGGAGACGGCCGUGCCCGGCGCCCCGCAGGUCAUCAACCUGCUCAAGAAGAAGGGCAAGAAGGUCUUCUUCGUCACCAACAACAGCACCAAGACCAGGAAGAUGUACGCGGAGAAGAUGACCGCGCUGGGCUUCGACGCCCGGGAGGACGAGGUGUUCAGCACGGCGUACUGCUCCGCCGCCUACCUGAAGACGGUGUGCCAGGUGCAGGGCAAGGUGUACCUGAUCGGGAGCGACGCGAUGGCGCGGGAGCUGGAGGCGGUGGGCAUCCGGCAGACCGGCGUGGGACCGGACCACGUCACCGGGAAGCCGAGCGACUGGGCCAACGUGCCCCUGGACCCCGACGUGAAGGCGGUGCUGGUGGGGUUCGACCAGCACUUCAGCUUCAUGAAGGUGAACCGGGCCAUGCAGUACCUGGCCCGGCCGGCCUGCCUGUUCGUGGGAACCAACCGGGACUCCAGGCUGCCCCUGGAGGGGGGCAAGGCCGUCCCAGGCACAGGUUGCCUGCUGGACGCCGUGGAGAUGGCGGCGCAGCGCCAGGCCCAGACGGUGGGCAAGCCCAGCCGCUUCAUGUUUGACUGCGUGGCGUCCCGGUUCGGCGUGGAGGCCGACCGCUGCCUGAUGGUGGGCGACCGGCUGGACACGGACAUCGUGCUGGGCUCCAACUGCGGCCUGAAGACCCUGCUCACCCUCACGGGGGUCAGCACCGUGGCGGACGCCGAGGCCCAUCAGCGCAGCGGCUGCGCCGAGAGGCAGAGGAUGGUGCCGGAUUAUUACGUGGAGAGCGUCGCCGACCUGCUCCCGGCCCUGCAGGGCUGAAGCUUCAGACCCCGGCUCUGGACACCGUGUCACAUGAUCCUACUCUUCUAGAAGGGAAUAUAUAUAUAUAUAUAUAUAUUUUUGUCACGUUGAAAUAACUAAUCGACUCUUUAAAACUAAGUCACAGCAGAUCAGCCAUAGAGAAAGACUCCAUUAUUUAACUUACUAACAUUAAAACCUGAUUAUUUGACAUAAAUUAAUUAAUUAAUAAUUUAAUUUAGUUGUGUGUUCCUUUUUGGGGAAGUGGGAACUUGCUUGUGCUGUCUGGUGCAAUCACAGACAUCACAAGCUCAGGGAGGAAAUGAGCACACAGAGUGUGUGUGUGUGUGUGUGUGUGGUCUAUAGAUGGAGGCCAAAGGUCACUGAACUGAUGUUUUAUUGAUGUACGUCUCGUCUUUAUUCUCUUGACUGCAUCACUAAAAGCAAUGCUGAAUAAAAAAAGAUCAAAAUAAACCCGCUGCUAUCUUUUUCCUAAGU